AUUCAGUUAAAAACUUUGUAAAAAUGAAUAAUUAUAAUGUUACAAAAAAAGUAAUAAUCAACUCUGAUGUGUAUUAUUCUUGUCUUGCCCACGCAUUUUCUAAUGAAUCAGAGGAAGUGAUGGGUCUGUGUCUGGGAGAGGUAGAUGAAAUUAAUGAAGAGACAAGAAUAACAUCAAUAAGCGUUUUAAUAAGGUCUGAUAAGAGGCCUGAUAGGGUGGAAAUCUCUCCUGAACAGCAGCUAGAAGCCAGAGCAAAAGCAGAAAGGAUAGCCGAAGAAACGAAAAAACCUAUUAGAGUUGUUGGUUGGUACCACUCCCAUCCUCAUAUAACUGUUUGGCCUUCUCAUGUAGAUAUAAGAACUCAAGCUAAUUAUCAAGCUCUUGAUAGAGCAUUCGUUGGUCUUAUCUUCAGUGUCUUCAAUGAAGACUCGUCAACCAAACUUCAGAAAACGCAAUUAAUAUGCUUUAGAAGCGAAGAAGAAGGCCACAACAGGUUAAGACAUGUAGAAAUACCAAUAGAAAUAGAACCAAACUCACUUGAAACAAAACAUGGUGAAUCAGGAAAAUUACUAAUUGACUUAUACGAUACUUUAAAUAGAGAAGAAAGAGAAAUGUUCGAUAAUUCUAUGUCAAACAUAUCAGAUCCAUCAAACGCUAUAAUUUUAACAAAUGAAUUUUCAUCAGCCCUUAUGAAACAGAUGCAGAUUGUUGGAGCACCAAUUUUACAAGUAAAUAAAGCUUUUAGACUCUUUAAAACCAUCUUUAAUUAUUUUCUCUUGAUAGGUUCUCAAAUCUCGAUUGGAAAAUGGAAAAAGAAGAGAGAUAGAGUUACGGGAAUUACUCAAUCGUCACAAAAAUAG